CAACUUUUUUAAUACUUAAAACUAUGUGGUUCACACUGUUUAAGUCUUCAUAAAUACUUAGCAUUUGGUACAAAAACAUAGCAUCGAGUUGACCUGAGAGGAAAAAAAGAGAGAUGGAGCAGAGGCUCUGCGAAGCAGCAAUUGAUGGAAAUGUAGAAUCAUUGGAUGAAAUAAUUGGAGCAGACCAGCUUAUUCUGGAUAAAGUAGUGGUAGGAUGCAUCAAUCCAAAUCCACUCCACGUGGCUACUACACUUGGCCGCACACAGUUUGUGCAACGCCUUGUGCAUCUCAAACCAGAGCUUGUUGAAGUUUUAGAUUCGAGAUAUCGGUCUGCCCUUCACUUGGCAACCACUAAGGGCCACUUUGAUAUUGUGCAAGCUUUAGUAAGAGUAAGAGAGGGUCGUCAGAUGUGCCUAGCUCGUGAUCGAGACGGUAAAAAUCCUCUUCAUAUCGCCGCCAUGGAAGGCCAUGGGAGAACCUUGGAAGUGUUGGUUGGGACCAUUCCCCACGCAGCUCGAGUAAGGCUGGACUCAGGCGAGACCAUUUUACAUUUAUGUGUCAAGCACCAGCAGUUAAACACUUUGAGCCUCCUGCUGCAAGAUUCCAGAUCCAGAGUUUGUUAAUGCCAAGGAUAAUGAUGGUAACACCAUUUUACACGUAGCUGUUUCGGGUCAACAAUUUGAGAUUGUGAAACAUGUGCUCCAGAAUACCAAAAUAGAUGUAAAUGCAACAAAUGCUUAUGGCCACACGGCAAUGGACAUUCUAUUUCUAGCACAAAAUGGAGCAGAUUCGGAAGGCUUGCACGGUAACAUUGAAGAUUUCCUUCGAAACGCUAAGGCUAAAAGAGCCAAGGAUCUCGUACAGGGUGAGUGGAUAUCAAAGAAAAGAGAAGCAUUAAUGAUUGUGGCAUCACUUAUUGCAACAAUGGCAUUCCAAGCUGGGGUGAGCCCUCCGGGUGGUGUUUGGCAGGACGAUUCAAAUGGACACAGAGCUGGGGAAGCUGUAAUGGCUUACAAUUAUGUAGACUCAUACCCAUACUUCCUCCGUGCUAAUACGAUAGGGCUCGUCUCGUCUUUAAGCAUAAUCUUAUUGCUUAUUAGCGGAUUGCCAUUCAGGAAAAGGUCGUUUAUGUUGGCUCUGGUAAUGAUCAUGUGGUUGACAAUCUCAUCCAUGGCAUUUACUUAUGCGUUUUCUAUUGUCGUGGUUACACCAAAGAAAUACAGAAAGUCACUUACUAGCACAAUUGUAGUUGCAGUCAUAGUGUGGUGCAGUGUGAUGGCACUUCUUCUGUUAGUGCACACAGUUCACUUGAUAAUGAAAAUGCUCGGAGAGCGACGGAGUAGAAAUAAAGCCAUGGAAAGGAUCUUCAACUUUGGCAUAAAUCAACCACACAGUGGACAACCAAGAGCACGUCCAAAUUUAGUUAAAGAAAUCCAGCUCAACAUUUGAUCUUUCAUGCUCUUGGUGCGGAUUUCAUUAAAAAUAAAAAUAGCCCUACUCGAAUAAAGAGUUUCCUAUGCAAAAUGUAUUGACAAGGUUGUGUCCCAAGGCUUCAGUUUUGUAUAUGUAAGUGAUGCAUCAGUAUUUAUCAUUGUAUUGUGUUUGUUUCCAAAACUACCAUGCUAUUGUUUGCUUGCAAAUGCUAGUAAGAAAAUUGGUCUCAUUCAUUGAGACUCCAUUCAUGAAA